AUGAAGAAGUUUUUUGGUCGUAAAAAACUUCGAAAAUCCAAAUCGGAAAUUGUGGAGAAGACGGAGGCGAAUGUGAACGGUAGUGCGCCAGUGGAAAUCCCUCAGUCGAAAUCUACUAACAUUGUUAAUCAUGUCGCUUCUUCUUCGGAUGAUUGGGAAGCGGUAUGCUCCUCGCACGGUGAGGAACGGAUUAAGAACUUUGAUUCCGAGUUGGAUAGACACAUGAUGCAGACGAUCACUGAUGUGAAAUACAUGAUCAAGAAAAGCAAAUACACAGCGCUCAGUGAAGUCAAUUUUCAACGGGGUUGUCUUGAUGCUCACAACGAAUUACGACAAAGGUAUGGUAUUGCGCCGUUGGUAUGGUCGGCCGAAUUAGCUGACAUGGCGCAUGCAUGGGCUGUCAAGCUGUCCGACAGAGGAAGAAUGCUGUAUCCAGAAUUACCAGGAAUUGGUGAAAACAUUCUGCUAACCGAAGCCAACGAACAAUCUCAUCUUCCGACUGGAGCAGAAGUUGUGGCCAGCUGGGAAUCGGAAGUUGAACAGUUUGACUUCGAUCGACCACGAUGGAAUUCAAAGUGCCAGCGUUUCUCACAAAUGGUGUGGAGGGACACGACGGAGCUCGGAGCAGCUCGCGCUUGGAAUACCGCAAAGAACAGCGUUGCUGUCGUAUGUUUCUAUCGACCAAGUGGGAACUCAAAUGCUCCAGGUGAAUUCGCAUCGAACGUACCGUCAAGAGACUGCUCGAUGUCUCCAGCUCGUAGUCUAGCAGGUCAAAUCAAGCGCUCUGUCACCAUUAGCGCACCGCAGGACCAAAAACGAAGCGCGUAG